AUGGCUGAAGAAAGAGUUGAAUUCACUCUUAAUGUUUCUAAAGGUCAAUCAAGGAAUCGACAAAACCUAAAACCCACAUACUCAUUAGAUAUCUUUAAGUUAGAUAUAUCGGCUAUACUUCGAAAUCAUUCAAACCCUUCAAGCCCGAUUUUGAAUGUAUCAACCAUGUUUGAAAAAUCAAUAUUCAUAAAUUGCGAACACUUCUUCGCACAGAACCACCAUAUGCUAUGGUUUUACCUACAUAGAAUCACCUUGCCAUUCCCUUAUUUCACUUUUGAAAAUCUUUCUCAAAUAAUAAGAAAUCUAAUACAUCAAGUCAAACGAUUAUUUGAUAUCUCUGAUCAUUUUAUUGGAGUUGCAGAACCAAUGAAUAAUGAUCAUAGAGAUGCGAUUAUUCCCAUGGUUCUAAAUAUUUUUGUUGAUGUGUAUCCAUCUGAAGAAAGAAGAAAUCAAGAGAUUAUAGAAGAAUCUAUGCAAUUUAUUAAAAUGAUUCCUGCAUCUAAUGAAGCUAUCUUAUCUUUAAAAAGUUACUCACUUCCUCAAAAUUGUUCCAUAUGCAUGGAGAAAUUUCAUGAUGAUUUAAAAGAAGAUGAUAGUGAUGACGUGAAGGUUUCAACAAUGACAUGUGGUCAUAUAUUUCACUACAAUUGCAUUGUGCAAUGGCUUCAAGCCAGUCAUGUAUGUCCCUUGUGCCGUUAUGCAAUGCCUACUUGA